AUGCCAAUGUUUGAUCGUUAUAAGCUGGAAGAAGUUCGCUCCUAUGUGUCCGAUAGUAGUGAUUACUGCAGUUCAACUGGCGCUGCAAAUUGUAGCACUGAUUUACAGAGCCCAGCAAAUCCACCUCGUGCCUAUUCUUUCGCUGGGCGUUGUAAUCUUCGUCCUGGGGCAAACGCGGGCCUUGCUGAGAACACAGAUGCACGCACUGAAAAAACCGAAAACGCUGGGGGAGGACUUCUUCAACCAGCCGAGGAUCCUCGAAAAGGGGCAUUUUCUCUUGGAAGCAAGACGCUUUUUCAACGAUCGUUCGCAAAAUCUCACAGCAGACCUCGACUCACGCACAAUGAUAGACUUCGCACCCUGUGGAAGUUCCUAUUAGGCGUUGAAUAUGUUGUGUUUUCCGCAGAGUACACACUUGCGCAAGAACCUACGGCAUAUAAAAUAAUAUUUUCUGAUUUUGAAUAUUACGUCAUUGCAAUCUUCCGUGUGAGCCACCAGCCAGCACCAGCAAGGAAUCACCAGCAUGGUAUUCCCGACCGUCGACUUAUUCCUAGUCGUUCGAACUGUUUCAACUGUGGAGGAGUUAGUCACCACACUCGACAGUGCCCAUCGCUGACAGUCCAGUUGUCAGCUUUAGAACAUUCGCAGGCCCGUGAACAAAUUAACGCGCUUUCUAUAUAUCUGCGGGAUUCGCAAGCUGCUUAUGAGCAAUCUGAGGCGCGAGUCUCAGCACUCGUGAAACGAAAUGAAGAGCUAGCAAGCUCCGCUUUUGGUCAACCUUCUCAAUCUUCUCUACAAUCUCCUCAUAAUUUACCAGAGUUCGUGAUCGCAGCUCCGCUACCCGACUGUUCAGCAGUCACAGUAGCACAUGCAAUAAUGACCGAAUGCAUUCUGAAGUUUGGCGUAAUGACACAACUCGUCUCUGAUAACGCCUCCUACUUUAAAGGAGAGGUAGUUUCCGAGAUAGAAGGGUCAUUAGCAUUCGGUGGUUCAUCACAAUCAUUCUGUAACGAAGACGCUUCUUCCCCUAAAGGUUACGGUAGGGAACGGGAUCGUGGUGCCGCGAGACGCCUGGCGCGACGUGAGCAGUCCCCAGUUCGUGACGAAGAGUUCUUACCCCGACCGGAAGUGUUAGCGGGCUCACAUUCAGAUGUUGACGUCGAAUCGGUAGAGAAGACUCCUUCGGGUCGUCACGAUACUGUAACUCUACCGCCUAUUUUUGAUCGCAUUAGACCUGUCCUCUACCAAGUAGUUUCAACAGGAUGGGGUUCCGGCGUUAUCCUCGAAGCUGAAGACCUCUUCACCGUAGGGCGCGAUCGUCGCGAUUUGCAUUGCAUAAUCCUUGAUCAGCAUGCCGUCAAUGUUCUUAGCUCGUAUAGGGGAUUUGAUAAGUCCAUGGUCUCAGUUAAGGAUUAUGUGUAG